AUGAGCUUUGCCCUAGCAAGCCAUGAUUUACCGUUCAUUCGUUCCAGCAGGGAGGAAAGUGAGUCAUUGGUUAGACUGGCAGGGUCAAGCGCAUCAAUCGUAAAGUUUGCCGGGUCCAGGGUGGAAUAUAUCCAGAUAAACCCGUUGGAGUACUCAAAAGAAGCUGCGCUCGCGUUCCAUUUUGAGACCAGCGUGUUGAAUAAUGGCCCGAAGAUUGUAACUGGAAGGCCGACACAGACCACAGUCCUGAGUACCGAUAUAGCCUGUUCGGUGGAUCUUGAAUCAACAACGACCGAGUCAGAUAUCCAGAAUUCGAAUCCCAAUCUGAUAGUCAUGCGGUUCCAGAUUGCUGAGCUGGGCUUGAGGGAAGACAUGAAUGACGCCAUUCUCUAUGGAUACGUAUUCUCCCCGGCUAUCAGCUUUGUUUGCUGA